UUUUCAUCAACCUUGAAAUCUUACAUUUCGCCAAGUUGAGCAAACAAGCUCCCCUCCCAAAAUAUCCCACCUUAGGUACCUAAUCCGCUGAGCACACGACCAAAUCAUUACCCUUUCUUUAGUUAUGCCUUCUUCUGCCGUUCAGAACCCUCUCGUUCAGACCGAGUCCAAGUCUGCAAAGAAGAAGAAGGCUAAGGCUGAGCGAACCGAGUCUCCAGCCCCGUCUGCCCUGUCCGUGCCCGAGAAGGCUGGUUCCGUCGCUGGUCAAGAAGGUCAGGAUGAUAGCUCCGAAAGCCCUUACGUCCGUGAGCUUCAGAAGAACAUCCGUAACUUAAACAAAAAGAUUUCCAAUUCUGCCAAGACCGAUGCCAUAAUCGACCAGCACAAAGACAAAUCACUAGAUGAACUUGUCAAUGCUAGAAUCAUCAACGCCGACCAGCGCACUCAGCGCCUGAAGAAACCCCAACUGGAAUCUCAGCUUGCUCAGCUCGAGGAACAACUUGCCCAGUAUAAGAAAGUGGACGAGGAAUACCGAACUCGCCUCGCAGCCGAGAAGGCCAGCUUAGAGAAGACCCUGACGGAGGCGUUCGAGAAAGAGAAGGCCGAUGCGAUUAGCGAGAUUAAGGAGCAAGCCGCAGCUGACUCUAAGAAGACUCAACAUGAUAGUUUGCUGGUACUAUCGCAGUUCCUUCGACUGGCCGCUGCUCGAAGAACAGAGGAGGCAGAUGCUGGCUUGGACGAGAACAUGGCGCUCGAGGGUGUUCUCCUCAACGUCUAUUCGGGAGACGAGAAUGCUGUUUCUACUAUGAUCAAGCUUAUCGAAGGUUCCGAAGAAAAGACCACCAGUGUUAGCGGAGACGAGCUUCAGACCACAUUCACCCAAGUUAAGGCUAUAUCUGCGGCUCAUGCCGCUCUGUUUGCUGCUGAGGUAGCCGCCGAAUCCACGGAAGCGCCUGUCGAGACCACCAAUGGAACCGACCCAACUGUUGCCCAUGCCGGUCUUACUGAGAUCGACAGUACCGGAACGGCGGCCCCCCUGACAAAUGGCCACACCGAAUCUACACCAGCAUCGGCCCCUGGUGUUCCUGAGAAUGCAGACGUCGGUGACGAUGCUGCUAACGCUGCCGCCGAGGCUCAAUGGGAUGCUAACAACGACCUGAGCGCCUCCAUUUCCCAGGAAGAGUGGGUUAAGGUCCCUCGAGAUCCUACCGAAACGGAGACCGGCCUAACAGCAACCCCUGUAUCAACGGGCAAUGUCCAAUCAUGGGCCGACGAACAGCCCGAGAACCCGCCGGAGGUUAGUAAAUAGAUGAUUACUUACCACACCUUUAAAGUGUUUCGA